AUGGAGACUGCAAAACCUCAUACAGAUGAAUUCACACCUGAACAACAAGAUUCAUUCAUGCCUGAAGCAAAUUCUCCUUGGGAUAAAAAGCUUGAUGCUCUAAUGCCAAAGACUCCCCCUAGUAUUGGUCUUGUGCAAGAAGACCCAAUGAGUAUUUUAGUUGAGAAGAUUCCAGAUAUUAAUUUGACUAAAAGAGUCCCAAAACCGCCCAGGCCUCCCCUCCAUGAGGUUCCUGAAUCUAAGGACAAGAAUAGGCUGGAGUAUCUAGAUGCGGAUAUAUUAUCCUGGACUCAACAGAUGAAAUGCCUACAGAGGAAGAUUGAAGCAGUGGAGAAAGAGAAAGUUAAGAUUAAUGUUUCUAACUUGGGUUCUAUUUAUGAGAAACUAGUCGAAGAGGAAAAUGUCACUAACAUGUCUUAG